AUGGACAGCAUGAAGGAGCAGCAUGAGAUCCUGAAGCGCAAGCUACCGGCCAUCUUGGACAUCAUCCAAGAUGCGGAGGAGAAAGGGGCUUACCGGCCCGGAGUAUGUGCUUGGCUCGAGUCACUCAAGAAUGUCGCCUAUGAGGCGAACAAUGUCUUCGACGAGUUCAAGUACGAGGUGCUGCGGCGUGACGCCAAGAAGAAGGGACACUACAAGAAGCUUGGAUUUGAUAUCAUGAGCCUCUUCCCUGCCCACGACCCCAUCGUAUUUCGUUAUAGGAUGGGAAAGAAGUUGUGCAAGAUUGUGCACACCAUUAAGGUCCUUGUCGCAGAGAUGAAUGCCUUUGGAUUCACAUCAAUGCAGGAAGCACCAGCAUCCAAGCAGCGGCGCAACACAGAUUCCAUAAUUAUUGACCCUGAGAAGGAUAUUGUCAACAGAUCUAGAAACAAAGAGAAGAAGAUCGUGAAUAUAUUGGUUGAUCAAGCUAGUGAUAGGGAUCUCAUUGUCCUUCCCAUUGUUGGCAUGGGUGGGCUGGGAAAGACCACCUUUGCGCAGCUUGUCUACAAUGACCCUGAAAUUAAGGUGUAUUUCCAACUCCAGAGGUGGUGUUGUGUGUCAGAUGAUUUUGACGUUGCUAAGAUUGCAAGCAACAUCUGUCAGACCAAUGAGAUGGAUCGUGAAAAGGCAUUGCAGAACCUUCAAAAGGAAUUAGGUGGGAAGAGAUGCUUUGUUGUGUUCGAUGAUGUAUGGAAUGAAGACGCUGAUAAGUGGGAAAAACUCAAGACCUGCCUGAAGCAUGGUGCCAAGGGGAGUGCAAUACUGAUGACCACUCGUAUACUAAAAGUGGCUCACAUUAUGAAGAUGUGCAUUGAUGAUAGCCAUAACCUCGGAAAGCUACAUAAAGUAUUUCUAAAGGAAAUACUUGAGAAUAGAGCAUUCUGUUUGCAAAAACCAAAUGAUGUUGAGCCUGAGCUAAGUGAGGUGGUUGAACUGAUUCUGGAUAGAUGUGUGGGCUCUCCUUUAGCUUCCAAAGCCUUUGGAUCUAUGUUGAGUAUAAAGACUAGCAUGAAAGAAUGGAGGGACAUACUAACCAGAAGCAAUACUUGCAAUGAGGACACUUUACAUGUACUCAAGCUCAGCUAUGAUGACUUGCCAUCACACUUGAAACAGUGCUUUGCUUUUUGUGCAGUAUUUCCUAAAGAUUAUGAGAUUGAUGUGGAAAUAUUAAUCCAACUAUGGACGGCACAUGAUUUAAUACCACUGAAGAAAGGUGAACUUCUUGAAAGGGUGGGCAGAGAAAUUUUUGAUUAG